AUGGCGUGCUUGGCUAAGCCUUUGGAUACGGACGCGGUCGCCCCGGCGCGUCUCGCUCUAGAGCACUCGCAGCUCGAGCGCCUCACCAAAAUGUACGGUUGCCUCCUCGCAAACACGAGGGAGACCGUCUCGGACGAGGAACUCGAUUCCUUAGGGAUAUGUCGGGGCGCAUCGUUUGACGUCGACAAUUUGGGCGCCAGAGAGACGCGCGACGCGUCCGCCCUCUUCUUCAGCCCGUGCGACUGGACCCAGGGCAGCCUCGAAUGGGAAUCAUACCCCAGUUCCUGGGGCGCGGGAUGGAUAGACUGUGCGGACGGGCUGCCCUCGCUGUGGUCACCCCUGAUGUGCGGAGAAUACCGAUUCAAGUGGUCCAAAGCUCGCCUCCUGGCGCUUGAGACCAUCUCGAAGAACGUCUGGCGGCCGCCCGUUCGCGACGAGCCGGAGCGCCCCAAGAUCUGCCUGGACGAUGAGAUCAAGGAGCGCAUCGGCCUCGAACUUCCAUGGUACCAAUUCCGCGGGAACGGGAGAUACCGCAAGCACGAGUACAGCGGCGCGUGGGCGUACUUUGUCGAGGCCGCGGCUGACAAGCCGCAUUCCGUCUGCGUCAUGGUCGACUCGAGCCACCCCGAGGAAGGGGUCGCGAUCCGGUCCGAGGUGCUGGCGGCCGUGAGAAUGACCGAGUUUCAGGUUCACGGGGCCUGCUACACCCACCACUUCGUCAAGCCCGUCCUCGUCUGCACCUACUUUGGGAACGAGACGGCGCGCCUCACCCAGGCGCACUUUGACAUGAAGCGCAACAUGCUUGUGCUCCGCCAGUCCCGAGUGCUCGACCUGUCCGGGGAGGAGCCCCCCCCAGAUGCGUGGCUCAUGCUCCGCUGGAUGGCCUCUGGACCGGUUGGCCAGACGUUGUAUCAGCCAUUGACGACUUUACCGGCUGCUCCUGACGGAGACGGGGCGAAGCGCCCGCCACAGAUGACGGUUGCAGGCUGA